UAACCGCUUUCCUGGGCGCUUGACAAGAUUUACGUUACAUCCAAACAACGAGCUGCGUUCGUGGUCAUUGUCGUGUAGAAAAGCGAGAAAAUGGAACAAAUUGAACAUACACAGUUUGAAAACGUAUCCUUUAACGUGCCGGAGGUGUUGUCCCGCAUCCGCAGUCAUCAGAAAGUAGUUCGAGACAUAGUAAAUGCCAACUAUGUGGACUUCGUGUCUAUCAACACGAACGAUAUGCUCGAUGGUCUGAGGGCGCUGGAAACGGAAAUAAAAGAUCUCGUAGCGUCUACCGGCCAGCUAACAGUGGACAAGUCCAACGUAGCCUGGAACGACCUGCGGAACUAUCAACGCGAUCUGGAGGAAGGUGUGCGGGGUUACAAGAUUGCGCGGAAGCUGCUCUCUAUCCACGAUUUGUUCGAAAGCAUGAAUCUGUCCGGCAAUGGGUACGAGAAGACGGCGCACAUUCUCGGUAAAAUAAAGGCCCUACUGGACGAGGUGGAAGAUCCUGUCCUAACAGAUCUGCACUGCUUUCACAGCCUUAUUCUACGCUAUGAAACAGCAUACGAAGCACUCAUUAACGACCUCAAUGGCAAGUUCAACGAGUUGGUACAGUUGCAACAUCGUUCGUUUCAAAACACCAAAUCCGUUACGAUACGCAUUCACAGAGAUGAAAACAUGCUGUAUCAGGUGGUGGUAACGCUAUUGAAAACGCAGCACAAUUUCCAAACAGUGUGUCAGUUCCUGCUGGAAAACGUAUUUGCACCCGUGAUUGUAAAGCCCGUUUCUUUGAUUUGUGACGAAAAAUCGGACGAACAGAGCGUAUUGAUUCAGCUAUCCUAUCAGAUUGCGGUGGGUGAAGAAUUGCGCCCCGGAUACAAGACAGUGUUGUCGAACGUAAUGCAGAUCUUUUACAACUUGAGCAACAUGAACAUCGUGGUGUCGGAGGACGAAUGCUUGUUCAAGGUGCUUGCCAAGCAGAUGAAAAAGGAACUAUGCACCAUGCUGAUCGAAAGAUGCCUAGAACGUGACAUUCCUGGUACUAUCGAAGGGAUGAAGGAGAGUUCGAUGAUGAAGGACCUGUGCGAGUUCAAUACGUUUCUGCACACUACCAACUUUAUAGAUGGUGAAAAUGAUCAUUUACUGGAAGAGUAUGCUAAUUCGAUUGAAACUAUUCACCAAAAGAAGCUUUGCGACAAUGUGCUCGACACAGCCCUCGAGAUUAUGAAACGCGAGAGCCACGAAAUGGUGCUAAUUGAAGAUCAUGAGUAUCAGUUCGUCGGAAGCUCUACGGCUCAGUUAUCCAGCUGCAUGGUGACCCGCACUGUGGUAGAACUGAAAAAGUUUCUAGACAAAGUGUUAGCGGAAGCGUUCUCACACGGAGAUGCAGCAACUCGGUUCAUUAAAACAAUUGCAACCAUCCUGGAACGGUACAUGGUCGACGUACCAAUGGCAAACGAGAAGCUGCUCUUUAAGAUUCCCCAACAAUCUGCUUUGUUCCGGAACGACUGCACCUACUUGAAUUAUUGGCUGCAGAAAAAUGAUGGCAAGCUCAACGAUCAUGGCUCAUUCGCGAACAUAUCGGACGCGCUAAAAGCUUGCGGAGAGGAUAUAUUCCAGCAGCAGCUGAACAGCCAACGUGCCCAAAUGAUGCAAGCAUUGAGCGGAUUUAAACUUUCGAUAAACCUGCUAGAGUUGGGAACCGAACAGCAACGAGCCAUCAGGCAGUGUGUUCGUCAAUUUGAACUGCUAAAGAAUGUAUGGCAGACCGUUUUGCCUGAUUCCGUGUAUAAACAGAGUUUGUCCGGAUUGGUUGACCAGUUUCUAAGGGAAAUAAUGAAAAGAAUUCAAAUUCUUGAGGAUAUUACGACCGCCAUCGGAAACGGGCUGGUGUUGCUUAUCGACAUCAUGACAGAAACAUUGCCUAAUCUGUUUAAGGAGCCUAGCGAGAUUCACCAGGUCGUCAAACAGUGGACGAAAUUGCUACAGUUACGGCAAAUAUUAUGUGGCUCACUGGUACAAAUCACGGAGCUGUGGGCCGAAGGGAAGGGCCCGCUUACGAUGUGCUUCAGCGCGGAAGAAAUCAAGCAUUUAGUGCGUGCCUUAUUUCAAAACACUAAACAGCGACAGGCUUGCAUUGCUUCCAUUGUUUAGCAUGAU